AUGUCUUCCAUCGUCGACUGCACCCGGGAAUGCUCGCAGCUUUUCUGGCUGUCUAUGAGUUUGGGCGGGGUUUUGAUCGGUUCCAUAGCCCUCAAUAUUGGAUUGCUGCACCGCGUUCGUCGAUACCAUGUCGAAGUAGGGGAACUCAAGCCAAGACUCAAUAAGUUUCAAGAUGCGUAUCAAGACAGCAAGGUUGACAGAGCGGGACUACAGCGAGAGAGAAAUCUGCUUGUCCAAGAUCUGGAGAAGUGCCAACAAGCUUCCUAUGACUGUUGGUGUGAACUAACCGCCGCCAAUACGUUCUGCCGAGAGAACCACACCAGCCUUCAUCGCCCAGAGCAGUCAGAGCAGCCGAAGCGCUCGGAUACGUCUGGUCGGUCUGAUUUCUCUUUCCAGCCUGAAGGUCCUGACGGCGACGGUCCAGAGAGUCGUGCUGAGUGGGCCAAGAUGGGGCCUGCCAGGCGUGGAAAACCCAAUCUGACGGCGCUUGCGAACGGAGAAGCGAUUCAUCAUGUUGUCAAUGGCCGUUAUCAGGUCCCCCAGCAGAUUCAGUUAGGAGAUCUUACCCCGAUCGAUCAUGGUACUGAUGAUACGCAGACAUAUAAUUCUCUUUUGGAAGACUAUGCUCAAGCGCCAUGGGAUCCCACUAAGGAUCCGGAUGCCCAGAAUGAUGCUCAUGCUGGACAUGGACAACGGGGAUGA